UGCUGACGUCAAUUUCCUAUACCAAGACCCCGGAUGAACCUGCCAUUGGGGGAAGUGAACAGGGCCAUCAAAGCACAAUAACUGAAAUUUUGCCCGUAGAGGGGAAUAUAACUGCUAGAAACCCUACUGUGCUAAUGCCAACAGCGGACUGAUUCUAUAGUUUCACCAAGAUAUCACCAGAUUGGAUUUAAACUGAGACAAGGGCACUUGCAGCAUUGAGCAGUUGAACUCAAGUUGGUGCUGGCAAAAGGUGCUGGUUACUGUAACGUAGCAAGCAAGAGCUCGCAAGCUUAGCGAGGCCAGCUAGCUUGUGCUACAGAAGCUAGUCCUAGCUAGCUACAGGAUCCGAGGAAAACGCAGUCUCUUUAGGGAACACGUCUAAUCAAGGAUCUACAACCGAAUCCGGCGGCUUGCUUGAUGAAUUAUGUCUGCCACAAGUAUUGACCCUCAGACGUCAAAAGGACAAGAUGCUAAAGUCUUUCCGGUUUCAGUCCAAAACGGCUCCCUCCACCAGAAAGAAACUGUCCAUGACAAUGACUUUGAGCCAUAUCUCACUGGCCAAUCUAAUCAGAACAACAGCUAUCAAUCCAUGACUGACCCCUACUUGUCCAGCUACUAUGCCCCCUCGAUUGGAUUCCCCUACCCUCUCAGUGAGGCCCCAUGGUCUACUGGUGGUGACCCUCCUAUUCCUUACUUGACACCCUAUGCGCCACUCAGCAAUGGAGACCAUCACUUCAUGCAUGACACUGUGUUUGGGCAGCCUGGGGGUCUUGGUAGCAGUAUAUAUCCUCAUAGGUUUAACUUUUUCCCUGAAAACCCAGCCUUCUCAGCCUGGGGUACUAGUGGGUCUCAAGGCCAGCAGACUCAAAGCUCUGCCUACGGGGGCAGCUAUAGCUACCCACCCAGCUCUCUAGGAGGUACACUAGUCCCUGAUGGCCAGACAGGAUUCCACAGUGACACCCUGAGCAAGGCCCCGGGCAUGAACAGUCUAGAGCAGGGGAUGCUAGGGUUAAAGAUUGGUGGGGAUGUGACGGGAAGUGGCUCUGGUGUGAAGGGGUUGGGCUCUGUGAUUGGUGGUGGUGGAGGAAAUGUGGCUGCAGCGGUUGCCACUGGUAAUGGAGGGACUCCGAUAGGUAUGCCUCCUCCGAAGCCUACAUCCUGGGCUGCGAUUGCCAGCAAACCAGCCAAGCCGCAGCAACUGAAGGCCAAGACAAAACCUGGCAUGCCUAUGCCUGGGGGAGCCCUGCCACCACCACCCAUCAAACACAACAUGGACAUUGGUACAUGGGAUAACAAAGGGCCUAUAACCAAGGUGGCCCCCCCUCUGCCCCUUCACCACCAACAUCAGCACCAGCAGCAGAUCCACUCACAUGGCCAUCCUCACCUCCCCCAUGGACUCCCGCCUCCCCCUCAACAAUCCCUUCAGUCAGCUCAGUCUCUUGUGCAGCAGAUGACCAUGCAGGGCCCUCCCCCUCCUCAGUCCUACCAGAACCACACCUCAGCUCCACUGCCUCAGACCCGCUGGAUUGCCCCACGCAACCGAAACCCCGGGUAUGGUGGGGCCAGCAUGGACAGCAGUGGCUCUUCCAGUGGGGGCGGUGUGGGGAAUGGAGGGGCAGGGGGUGUACCUCCAGGAUCUGGUCCAGGUGUAGACUCCCACCCUGUGCUGGAGAAGCUGCGAGCUGCCCACAGCUACAACCCCAAGGAGUUUGAGUGGAACCUGAAAAAUGGACGUGUGUUCAUCAUCAAAAGCUACUCUGAGGACGACAUCCACCGCUCCAUCAAGUACUCCAUCUGGUGCAGCACAGAGCACGGCAACAAGCGCCUGGACGGAGCCUUCCGGACCAUGAACGGAAAAGGCCCCGUCUACCUGCUGUACAGCGUCAACGGCAGUGGGCACUUCUGUGGCGUGGCGGAAAUGCGCUCGCCCGUGGACUACGGCACUAGUGCAGGCGUUUGGGCACAGGACAAGUGGAAGGGCAAGUUUGAUGUGGACUGGCUGUUUGUCAAGGAUGUGCCCAACAGCCAAUUGCGCCACAUCCGCUUGGAGAACAAUGACAACAAGCCGGUGACCAACUCACGUGACACCCAGGAGGUCCCUCUGGAGAAGGCCAAGCAGGUGUUGAAGAUUAUCGCCAGCUACAAACACACCACCUCCAUCUUUGAUGACUUCUCCCAUUAUGAGAAGAGGCAAGAGGAGGAGGAGGAGGUGCGCAAGAACUUUGAACCAGCGCCCGUCCAGACCCGGUCUCGGCUGGAUCAGGAGCGCCAAAACAGGAGUAAACAGUAGAACACAUUUAUCCUCGGCUUAAUCAACAGUUACACUAGGACGUUUGAUUUAAAAAACAGAAGAAUAUGAAGAUACAAACAAGCCCUUUUUUCUAUUUAAUCCUGGUGAUUCUCUGCCACCGUCAAGACUUGCGCUUUCAGCUCCAGAUACCACCCACCUCUUGUGCAGGGAUAACAAGCUGAUUCCAUGUAUUACCUAGCCACCACCGCACUGUUUACGUCACAUUUUUAAUUUUCCGUUCUUUCCAUCGUGUAAUUUUCUCUCGUCAGACUGGGUUUGUCAAGUCCUCUCCUGCCCCUCUCUACUCUUCAAAUUGAAUCAGGGUUUGACUGCACCAUGGAGGGAAAAAAAUCUGCCACUUUAUAUCUCAGUACAAUCAGGAACAGAUGUGUCCUGCCCCUAUUUAUCCAUUGGGGGGCGGUGUUGCCAUUUUUCAGAGGUUUAACUGUGCCAACAGGGUUGGAGGAUCCAAAAGGCAACGUCGGACUUGGAACUGUGCGAUAAUAAGACUUCAGUGGUUUAUCUAUUUUUCAUUCAGAUCCACAAAAUCUAUAUUUUUGGCUGACUACUGCAGUUCAGAAACCUGCUUUUCUGGAGCCUUAAUGUUUUAUUUUCUAGUUAUUGAUGACUUCUCAAAAGAACCGUUCUAUAACUGACAGUGCUGGAAAUAUCAGGGAUAGUAGGAAGUCACACAGACUCGACAUUUCAAAGGAGGAAAUGCAAAGGCCUCUGGGAAGGAAAUAACUGGUGUGUCAUCCACUGCGGAACUCAUGAUUUGAAUCAAAAAUUGUACUAUUUACAUCCCUCACACCCCUCCACUUUAGGUUCUUUUGAUAAAUGAUGUUCAUCAUGAAGGAGUUUUGUAUGUUACAUCGGGAGAUUAAAGUUUGUGUACGCAAUCCAGUCUGAGAGAAUUGUAGCACCCGCCAUUUUAAAUUAAUUGUUUUAUAAUUAGAAUGAUGUGAUGUAACUGCUACAUUUGGAUGAAUUGUUUGUUGCUUAUUUUCUUUGGUAAUCACAGUGGUUAUUUGUUUGAUCACCAUCAUUCUGUCUUAAUCCUUAGUAGGGGGGGGGGUUACUUCUCAAAUAUGGUUUUGCUAUAAAUCUAUCAUGUCCUUCGUAAUGCUGAGCUUUAACGUAGGAGUCUAUAGUAAUGGAGAAAGCCUAAAAUGUAUAACCUGAAAUUAAUGUAACUGAUUUACUAUCAAGAGUAAGAAAAAAAAACCAAGAAUGAAAUAUGGUUUCUGUGUGUUUUUUGUUGUUGCUAAAUAGUUUGUGUGUCCUAAAAUUAAGUCAUUUAUAAAUGUAUUGUGAUAGAAUCAGGUAUACUUGGAAGACAGAUACAUUUAUUGGUGGUUGAACAUUAAAAUACAGAACACUAAUUAUAGAAUGUGCUGUCUUGCAAACUAGUCAGUCCAGAUUACAUUAUGUUGAAACACCGUACAGCCUGGUUGUGAGUGGUUGAUGGGGGGGGGGGAGUGACUCAUUCUUACAAAACAACUAGUAUUUAUCUUUUUAACUCCCUUCUAUCAGAAUGGGGAAAUGCUUACCCCUACACAUCAAACUGGUAACAUACAGACCUGUGUGCACUCAUCACCAGAAUAUUUUGAACGGGAUGUCACCUUGUGUGUUGCAGAGCAGUGACAACGGUCUUCUACCCAUAACAGAGUUCCAACAUUGUCACCUUCUGGAUGGUGUGAGUUGUCAGAACAUACGUAUAUCUUAUAUGCUAUGUUUUUGUUUUGUUAUUUUGAGUUGUAUGCUGUGUGUGUGUAAAGCACUUUAGCCAAAUAUACCGUGCCCCAAAAGGUCAGUGUUUCUAAUGAAUACCAGUCAGAGGGCCUCUAUUGCCAGGUGGUUCUUAGCAGUGUAGGGAGUCUACAGCAGAACUGUUAUGACUGACUUAUUGUCCAACAGUGUCAGGUUUGAACAAUCACAUGAUCAUGUUGAGGUAAUAUCAGCUUCUGUAUUUGCCAGAGGUCUGUUCCAGAUAGUAUGACUGAUACACUUUUCACCUAUUCUGAAAUAUUCAAUUUUUUGAAAAGCUGUAUUUUACUUUUCAGUGGCCAGUGUAGCCGCUAAUAAAGAACUGACAAUGUUCUAUUAAAGGGGACAUUACGACACAUCUCAGCAUGCCUAAACCGAAUGUUGUUCUUUAUUGUCUAGUCAUCAUAUACCCCUGUGAGUCUUUUAGGGAUACUUGGUAUGUUUAUUAUUCUAAUACACACGACUGUUUAAGUCAGUUUGGAAUGGUUUUAUAAUCCCUCUCUCCCUGUCACCACUGAAGCCAGAAGAGUAGAUGAAGGUGAGAAGGAAAUGAAGCUGGAGGCUACUGAGAUGCCUUUACGUUAUCUUUGCUGAAAAAGCAUGUAAUGAUUGUGUGGCCUAAUAGUACAGGACUCACAACACAUGCUGAUAAAUGUUAAUAUGUUGCGCAAUAAAGGGCCAUGAGUAUUAUGGUUAUAAUUAUAGUAGAGUAGUACAGAGUUAAUACUGGAAAGAGACAAAUAAAGAUUAUUUAAAAUAUAUACACAUGAAUUGCAAACAAUUUAAAUAGAACACUGCAGUUCUGUCAGUGGAAAUUAAUGGAUCACCUUUCCCAUUGAGAAGAAUUCAAGCCUUAAUAAACAACCCAUUAAGUAAACAUGGUGUCUUGGU